GGCUGGGCCCGGGCCAUGGGGCUGCGGGGCCGCUGCCGCCUCCUGCCGGGGCUACUGCUGCUGCUGCUGCUGCCCGGCGCGGCGCGCGGCUUCGGGGAGGACGAGGAGCGGCGCUGCGAUGCCAUCCGCAUCGCCAUGUGCCAGAACCUGGGCUACAACGUCACCAAGAUGCCCAACCUGGUGGGGCACGAGCUGCAGGCGGACGCGGAGCUCCAGCUCACCACCUUCACCCCGCUCAUCCAGUACGGCUGCUCCAGCCAGCUCCAGUUCUUCCUUUGUUCAGUCUAUGUUCCAAUGUGCACAGAGAAGAUUAACAUCCCAAUAGGUCCCUGCGGUGGCAUGUGCCUUUCCGUCAAAAGAAGAUGUGAACCUGUUCUGAAAGAAUUUGGAUUUGCCUGGCCAGACAGUCUAAACUGCAGUAAAUUUCCACCCCAGAAUGACCACAAUCACAUGUGUAUGGAGGGUCCAGGGGAUGAAGAUGUUCCCCUUCACAGCAAGACAUCCUUGCAGCCAGGAGAAGAGUGUCACACAAUGGGAUCUAAUUCAGAGCAGUAUAUCUGGGUAAAAAGAAGCCUGAGCUGUGUCCUUAAGUGUGGCUAUGAUGCUGGUCUCUAUAGCAGAUCAGCUAAGGAAUUCACUGAUAUCUGGAUGGCCGUGUGGGCUAGUCUGUGCUUCAUAUCAACAGCCUUCACAGUCCUGACCUUCCUGAUUGAUUCAUCCAGAUUUUCCUACCCUGAGCGCCCCAUCAUAUUUCUGAGCAUGUGCUACAAUAUUUAUAGCAUUGCUUAUAUCGUGAGGCUGACUGUAGGCCGGGAAAGGAUAUCCUGUGAUUUUGAAGAGGCAGCAGAACCUGUUCUUAUCCAAGAAGGUCUUAAGAACACAGGAUGUGCUAUAAUUUUCUUACUGAUGUAUUUUUUUGGGAUGGCUAGCUCCAUCUGGUGGGUGAUUCUGACAUUAACAUGGUUUCUAGCAGCAGGACUCAAAUGGGGCCAUGAGGCUAUAGAAAUGCACAGCUCCUAUUUCCAUAUUGCAGCCUGGGCUAUCCCUGCAGUGAAGACCAUAGUCAUCUUGAUUAUGAGACUAGUAGAUGCAGAUGAGCUCACUGGUCUGUGUUAUGUCGGCAACCAGAACCUAGAUGCACUCACUGGCUUUGUCGUUGCUCCGCUUUUCACCUACUUGGUUAUUGGAACUUUAUUCAUAGCAGCAGGCUUAGUGGCCUUAUUUAAAAUCAGGUCUAAUCUUCAAAAAGAUGGGACUAAAACUGACAAGCUGGAAAGACUGAUGGUCAAAAUUGGUGUCUUUUCAGUGCUAUACACUGUCCCAGCUACAUGUGUAAUUGCAUGUUACUUCUAUGAAAUCUCCAACUGGGCUAUCUUCCGCUAUUCUGCGGAUGAUUCCAAUAUGGCAGUGGAGAUGCUUAAAAUUUUCAUGUCUCUGCUGGUGGGUAUCACAUCUGGCAUGUGGAUUUGGUCGGCCAAGACUCUUCACACGUGGCAGAAGUGCUCUAACAGACUGGUGAACUCAGGGAAAGUAAAACGAGAGAAGAGAGCGGAUGGUUGGGUGAAACCUGGGAAAGGGAAUGAGACUGUGGUGUAAACAAAACCUCUGUGCUGACUUCUCUCCCAAGAAGGACUUGUGUAUAAACACUUGCAGUAGAAAUGUUGUUGGGGAGGUGUAGGGAGGUAAAGUAAAAAAUCUGUCUCUGAAAAGAAGCCUUAAAGAAUAAGCAGAAAUUUCAAAAACCGAAUAACCAUAAACCAUGCUGCCCAAAGUACGAAAGCCCAGGGCGGCUUGGAACACUGUGAAAAAUCUGAACAUGUCACAUUUUUGUAAAGCAGGUUGCAAUGUAUUAAUGUCAUUAGAAGCCACAUGGUCUUGCAUCUUGUUACUUGCAUUGCUGAUUUUCCUGAAUCAUGUUAUAGUGCAUAGAGGAGGAGGGUCAAGUUCUGGGCUGAUUUAGGGUCCAAUCCUAUGAGGGGCUGGGUGCUCUCAGCUUCAAUUGACAGCAUCACUCCCUUUGAAUUCAGUGUGUUAAGGGAUGUGGUCAGCACCUUUUAGGAUUGGACCCAUAGCCAGUACAGCCUGUUGCCUUCAUCGGUGUUGCGUGGUGCAUAAUUCAGCCAAGGAUUAGGUCCUCAUGCAAAUGCCAGCUAAGUUUUCCAGGUAUGAAAACAACUCAAACAGUGAAUUUGUAGGAUUCAGUUAGGUGUUAGGAUGGAUUGCUGUAUACCUCAGCUGACAACCUAAUACUAACCUCUAUAUCGGCACACUCUUUGCUGUCUAAAACAUCAGUACUUCAUUUGAGGUGUUUAGAAGCUUCACUCUGUACCUUUAUCAGAAGUAGAUUAACUUGGAGUCUGAAGCAUAACAGCAUAUAUAGUUGCCAUUUAUCUCCCUUCCACCCCCUCCCCCUUUUCCCUGCCCCCUUUUGUCCUUUUUUGAUAACCUGACUAUUUCCAGACUCUGACUACUUUAUUCCUCUGCAUUAAUAACUUAGGUUUUUUCUUUUAAUAGCUCUCCUUCCUACUGCAAUAUACAGCUGAGGGAAAGUGAAUGAAGGCUCACUUUGGACAAACUCUUUAUUCAGCAGAACAUGUAGUUUUUCUUCAAGUAAACUUAUCUGGCUCUCCUUGGAGACCUAUUGCAUUAAGCAAUUAAGACUUAAUAUAUUUCACUCUGUGUGAUUACAUCUAUGCAGACGCCAGUCUGGGAGAAGUGAAAUGUUAAGUUCCUUGGCAACUUCAUGUUCACACAGAUCAGUUGUAUAAUUGUGUGUGUCAAUUAAAAAUAAAAGAACAUUCUCCAGCCAUGACAUAGCAGUACAGCUGACUGGCUCAAACUGAUGGUCACUGAGAGUGACUUAAAAAAAAAAAUUGUAUGUAAGAAUGUUAUCAGACUUCAGCAACAAUGGAGACAUUUUCCUUUUUGAAAAGGGCUCCAUGGAGAAGAAAUCCAACUUCUUCUUGGUGAGUAAUUGUUUCAUAGUUAGUGGCAAGGUUCCUUGCCCUUGGCCUGUCGCGUUCAUAGGGAGCAUGAGACUAUGAAUGCCACAGUCCUGCUUGAUUAACAGGAAGUAUAAUGUAAACAUAAAGAGCAGCAUUUAAGUGCUCCCCUUGAAGGACCCACCAGUAGCUUCACCUGUGUGCCCUAAAAUCUUGCUUCAUCUCCAGUGUAUGGGGGCCUGAUCUAGUGAGGUGCUGAGUGCCUUCAAUUCCCGUGGACUUAAGUGGUAGCUGAGGGUAUUGUGGUCUUUUGUAGGAUGAGGCAGGCCUGAAAGGGGUCCCCCUUCUAUCUCUCAAACUGUGUUAAAGACACGCAUUGUGUCUGUGCUGAAAUAUGUGCUUAAAAACAAAACAACCUCAUCUCAGCCUGCGCAGUUGGGAUCAGUCACUAGCAGAGCAAGUGACAACUUGACUCAUUCUACCCACAGCACACCAUUAUGUACUAGCUGAGUGUUCCAAAUCCAUUCCUCUAUCAAGUCUCUUCUAUUGGACAGUAAUGCCUGUUGGAUCUAUGUAUUCUGGUCUGGAAACAGAGUUCUGCAAGAAUGAAAGGUGUGGAUGGCUGGGCUUCACCACAGUGCUUGAUGUAUUUACGGUUGGAUUAAGGAUGCCAAAUCAGAUGCUACUUUCAAAUUCUGAGGGAUGAAGGAGAGAGAGUGAGUGGGCCAAAUUAAUCCAGGCAUCCCUCCAGUGAAGUCAUGGGUUAAUGACCCUAGGUGAUUCAAACACACUGAACUUCAUGCUAUUCGAUGUGAUUGACCUAUGCAUUUUUAUCCUUGUUAUCCCAGAAUGUAUUGUUAAGGGGGUGACCGUUCCUGUUGUUAUUGAAUUUCAGAGCAUGACUCAGUGGAUCUUUUACUAGAAUGGUAGCACUGGUGAUUAGAGACAUCUGAAAGUGAGUCAGAUGAGGAUGAUGUUUCCUUGCAUUGCAGGGUGAGGGGAUGAUAAAUCCAUUAAAGUUGUGAGGCACUCAAAUACUAUGGGGAUAGCAGUCACAUAGCGGCAGUUGUCCCUUGGAGGCAUUGUGCCUGCCUAAAUUCUCUUGCAGUUAUGUACCAGAGCUCAGUGAAUUUAUUCCUGAUUUACCUCAAGGUAAUGAAGCAGAGCAUCUGACCCAGGGCCACAGAAGCCCCUCUGAAAAGGCACAACUUAACUAUGUGCAUUUACCUUGCUGUUCUAGUUGUUCAGGCAUUUGUGAUUGGAAAAGCCACUCUAGAUCAGUGGUUCCCAAACUGGGGUUCAUGAACCCCCGGGGGGUUGCGAAAUGUUACAGGGGGUUCUUGGGGGAAAAAAUUCCCUAAUGGUGGACAGAGCUGUCCCUGGGAACCCAGGACAGCACGGAUCCAGCAGUCCGGAGCCCCUGGACUUCCAAGAGCUAAACAGAUCAAAGCAAGCAUAUCUAUCACACUGCGGCGAUUUAAACUUC